GAUAUGCCUUUAAUGACACUUAUUAAUCGUCUAAUUGCAUCACAGUCAUUUUACUUUGUGUUAAAUACAGAUAACGGUACCAACGGCAAUAAUCCUAAAGCUCCAAAUGGUGACAUACCAGCGAUAUAUUUUCUUGGAAAGUUGAUUAUAUCGAAUGUUGUAUUUAUUCCCCACGCUCAUCCAUCGAUACCAGUAUAUCAAGUGUAUGGUACACCUUUCUUCGCAUCCAACAUAUCAUAUCAAGUUCAUAAUUUACCACGUUACAUAGGCAUUGAUUACGAAAAGAACCAAUCAUUAUCAUGGUAUAUGGGAGAUAACCAUAUAGAUGCAUGUAAUUUCGGUAAAAUAACAUUCUGCCAUGUUCUACCACCGAUUGUUCAUCAAAGAAUCGAGCACGCUUGUUUAAACAAUAUGUUCGUUGAUAACCAGGAUCAUACAUGUUCGUACAUUGAAUCGUUGCUGAAAUCUCCAUAUUUCCGAAAUAUUCACGAUAAUGUCUGGAUAAUUUCAGUUUCGGAUGAUACAUACUGUGUAAUGGCAACAGAACAAAAUGAUGAACCAACUCAAAUAAAUGAUGUAAAUAUUAAAAAUUUUGCCAUUAUCAAACUACCUUGUAAAUCUACAUUAAAUUGUAAACAUCAAAUAUCGUUAAGAAAUGCGAACUGUCAAUCGUCCAUUGAUUAUUAUCUUGCAAGUGGUGGGCAUUAUUCGAAAAAUGAUAAAUUAUUAGAACUGUUGAACAUGGACACAUUCAACGAUUCGAUGUUAUUAGGCUUUGUGAAUGAUGCCAAUCAUAUAAAUAUGAUAAGUAAAAAUAUGUCAAAGAUACAACGUGAUCAAAAAGACAUACAGUCGUUCACUAUUAAUGUUUCCGAUUACACACAAAAAGGUAUCGAAUUAAAUGAUACUUUAGCCAUUGCGGCAACAGUUACGCUGAUUGAACGAACUUUAAAGUCGAGGCAUAAUGAAAUAUGUAAUCGAGAUACAUUAACAAAUGUCAUAAAAUCUUCAAUGAAAAAAUUAGUCCAACGCCGAAAAGAAGAAAAUAAUAUAUCAGGACAAAUGACUCUUCAGUUACCAGUACACAGUGUCGAAGAUGACAAAGAAACUGUCAGAUUAAAAUCAAAAAAUCCUGUGAAACUUAUUAUCAGCAAGACGGGCUGUGUGUUCGAUGCAAUAAAAGGUGCACUAACCUUAGACCAGCCAAUAGCAACAACAAAAGCUACAGAUGAGAUCGAUUUAACAGUAGGUGUUGAACAAUCGAAUGAUAAAAAAAAGAAAAAAGCUGGAAGGAAACGAGUACUUAAAGAGGAUGAAAUUAUCGUAAAAAUUGACAUUUCGUCAUUUAUCGAAAGAAACGAAAGUCUUAAAAACGAAGACUAUAUAUUACAACUUAUUCGAUUUGUCAUGGAAAUUGCAACGGACAAUAACUCAACGAGUACUCAACAUACAAUUGAAAAACAAAUAAGAAGUCAACUCAAUAAGCUGAGAUAUACACAUAAGCAAAAUUGUAAAGCAGGAAAGAAGAAAAAGUCGUUAAACUGGCCAACGAAAGUUAUAGCUAUUACGCUAGACAUUCGACAAAAUGAAAAAAAGACACCAGAAACAUUCGUUUUCAGCAUUGAUAUGGAUGAUAACAAAAGCCUUAAUAACAGACAUUUCAGUUCAUUUAUUCAUGACGACAUUAACUGUUCUGGAGAUAUUAUAACUGAAGAAGAGGUGUUUGGUACGAAAUCAACGGUUACAAUAUUAUCAGAAGAUGAUGUACAAGUAGCAAUUGAUUCUUCCAUAGUUUCAUAUAUGAUCAACGACAGUAUCAAACUAGCGAAUUUCAUAAGAACAAUCAAAAGUCGACUAGUUAAUUUAGGUGUUGCUCAAGGUCGUAUUAACUGGACAGCAAUUCGUCGGUCGCUAAUCAGACGUGUUAGUACUAUUGUAUCGACAGAAGAAUUAAAAGCGGGUGAAAUCCUCAAUCUAACAUUUAAACUUAUUCCACUAACAGAAACCAUGAACCUGUCUAAUAGGCAAACAAGAUUAACGACAAAUCCUAAUCGUAAAUUAAAAUUUGAUGAAUACGAUCUACAAGAGUUCAUGAUCGAUACAGAGACAACAAUAAUGAAAGAUGAAAAACUAAUGGAGAAUCAUUAUUUUAGAAGAUUUCUUCUGUGGAAAUUAAAAAACUAUGUUUCUGAUUCGGCAUUUACAGAAUUAAAUAAUUUAGAGGAUAAAUAUAAUGUCAAGUGUCCAAACUUCUCCAAAAUCCGGCAACUUCGGCAGACAUAUAUCAAAUGGCUUCCGUUAAAAACUACAACCUGGGGAUCAUAUAUGCACGUAAAACAUGCCAUUGUGUUAUUGACAAACAUAAAUCCAGAAAUACUGAAUAAUUUAAAAGAUAAACGCACAUUACAUUUUCGUUUAUGUCAAGAUGGUACUUGGUUCGGCCGGCGUCUGAAUUGUAUAGUGUCAGCAUUAGGCUGGGUGGAUGCUGGCGAACAUUAUCAAAAUCCUUUUAAUUUGGUACCGUUAUCAUUUGUUAGAGUAGUGAAAGAAAAUCGGGACAAUAUCGAACAAGCAUUAACACCAGAUUUUAUCAAAAUGUUCAAGCCAGGACAAGUAAUCGAACUGCGAGGUGUGGAAUAUAAUAUCGUCUUUUCAUAUUCAGCUGAUUUCAAAAUGGUAUCACAGAUUAUGGGUCUCUCAGGUCCAUGCUCAUACCACUUUUGUAACUGGUGUAAAAUAACCAAAAUAAAAUUAUCAAGUAAGAAAUACGAAAUAUGAAAACUUUAGAAAGGAGCGAUCCGCAUAAGGCUGGUAAUCGGCUCACUUUAUUUUUCUCCCCAAAAUGAUUCUGUGAGUAGUACAAAAGUAUUAUCAGCCGGUUUUAAGUAAUUUCGCGUACUUUUGGUAACUAAAUUCGAGUAGUUCUUCGUCAGUAAGGCGUCAGUAGCUCACCCUCAAAGAUCAGCUAUAGGUUACGUAAAAAGUGUUUUUCGUAUGUUUCUUUCACGUAGGCGACUAUAUAAAUAUAUCAUUGGAUAAUCCCCAAAAUUCUGUACGGAAUGUGUGUGACAUAACAGUUAAC